UGGAACUAGUCACGUUCUCUUUUCGCUUUCAGACAUGGGUACACCACAGAAGGAUGUUGUUAUCAAGUCAGAUGCACCUGACUCACUGCUCCUGGAGAAGCAUGCAGAUUAUAUUGCAUCCUAUGGCUCAAAGAAGGAUGAUUAUGAAUACUGUAUGUCUGAGUAUUUGAGAAUGAGUGGCGUCUAUUGGGGUCUGACUGUUAUGGAUCUUAUGGGACAACUUCAUCGCAUGAAUAGAGAAGAAAUUCUAACAUUUAUUAAGUCAUGUCAACACGAAUGUGGUGGAGUAAGUGCUAGUAUUGGACACGAUCCUCAUCUUUUGUACACACUUAGUGCUGUCCAGAUCCUUACUUUAUAUGAUAGUAUUAAUGUUAUUGAUGUAAACAAAGUUGUGGAAUAUGUUCAGAGUCUACAGAAAGAAGACGGUUCUUUUGCUGGAGACAUUUGGGGAGAAAUUGAUACAAGAUUUUCUUUUUGUGCUGUGGCGACUUUGGCUCUGUUGGGGAAACUAGAUGCUAUCAAUGUGGAAAAGGCAAUUGAAUUUGUUUUAUCAUGUAUGAACUUUGAUGGUGGAUUUGGUUGCAGACCAGGUUCUGAAUCCCAUGCUGGGCAGAUCUAUUGUUGCACAGGAUUUCUGGCAAUCACUAACCAGUUGCAUCAAGUAAAUUCUGACUUACUUGGAUGGUGGCUUUGUGAAAGACAGUUACCAUCUGGUGGGCUCAAUGGAAGGCCAGAGAAGUUACCAGAUGUGUGCUAUUCGUUGGGUGUUGGCUUCACUAAAGAUAAUUGGAAGCUUCAUUGGAUUGAUAGAGAGAAACUUCGUACUUUCAUCUUGGCGUGUCAAGAUGAAGAAACAGGAGGAUUUGCAGAUAGGCCGGGAGAUAUGGUGGAUCCUUUUCAUACUUUAUUUGGAAUUGCUGGAUUGUCACUUUUGGGAGAAGAACAGAUUAAGCCUGUUAGUCCUGUUUUCUGCAUGCCAGAAGAAGUUCUUCGAAGAGUCAAUGUUCAGCCUGAAUUAGUGAUCUAGAUACAUUGGUGCAAAAGUUGUGCUUUAAGAUAGUUUUGCUGUUUUAACAUUUGCUUUAUGAAAAGUGCUUAUCAAACCUAAAUGACUACUGUUAAUAUUUAUAUGAAUUCUGUUAAUUUUAAUAAAUUAUAUAAUUAUAUAUUGUAAAAUAAAGGCCUUUAUUGUAUCUUCAGCUUUAGAUUCUUCUGGAAUGCUCUAUUUACAUUUGUGGAAUGCUAUUUUAUGUUAUAUAAUACUGAUGUGAAUCAGUCUGUUAAUGAAUUAAUGUUAACUGAUAAACCUCACACAUGAAUUAAAGGUACACAAAAGUGAACGACUGUUGAAAUUUGGGAAUAUUUCAUAGAUUUGUGGUUAUUCUAAAUCAGUCACAUAAGUAAUUCAAGAUAAAUGGCAAUUCACCUUGGAAUAGAAUUGUCUGGACCAUAACAAGUUACCCCAAUAAGCAAUUUAUAUGCUUAAGGGGUUUUUGGUCAUUUCACCCAUCAUGUAAGGAAACAGUUGAUAAUUGUCCCAAGUCUAUUUAAUACGAAAAAAAUAUUCAGUAAUUUACUUCCUGUAUUUCAUAAAGAUAAAGAUUUAUUGUUUAGGCAUACAUGAACGGGUGUAGGUUGGAGUUGGCGGAGGUUGAUUCACCAGAGACAGAAGCAGGAGUAAAACUGGCAGAUUUGCUGAAAUGCAGUACUGAGGGGAACAGUGGGCAAGACAGGAGAGACCUGAGAUAUAGCUGUGCCAUCUGGGGGUCCAACCCAUGCUACAGUGGCUGGUGUUAGCUUUGAUAACAAUCUUAACUACUGUGCAGCCAGGGAGUCCCUAGUAGAGUAUAAAAUGGUGAGAAGUAUUUGAAUGUGUAACAUUGAGCACUGAUUUUUGCAGUGUGUGUGAAGACCUUACUGGAAGUAUGAACUCUGUUUUAAAUGGGUAUUUUUUGAUGGUAUCUGGGUGUUUUCUCAGUCCUAACAUUAUGAAGUUAGUACUAUUCCCAUGCUCAAGAAAAGUCAAUUUCCAUCAGGCCAUUUGCUAUAAAACUGAGAUCUGCUUUUUGUAUUCAUAGGUAUGUGUGAAGACAAUAAGUUGAGAAUUGUUCCAUGGGUUGAAGUUUAGUGCUAUAGAGCUAUUUUCAGCCACUGCAGCACAGGUUUGAGACCUGGCUAGGGAGGUGGCCCACAUGGUGCAGCAUACCUCUCCUAUCUUGCCUGAGGCUCUCUUUAGCAGUGCAUUUCAAUCUGUUCUGUAUGUCACUCUAUUGAAGUCUCUCACCACCCCAUGUCUCUGGUUUGUACCCUAGUUCCUGUAAGCAUAAAUAAAUAAAAAUCUUUAAAAAAAAGUAUCUGGUUCCAGUGAUAAGGCACUUUAAGCAACUGAUAUUAGUUUAUUAAAAAAAAUAAACUCCCAAGAGAUCUC